GUUUAGAGAUCUUUGAGAAAUGGAUUUCCGGGAGACGUACGUGUCGCAUUUUUCAACGGUCCGCCUGGAAACAACACAAAGCCGUCUGAUCUAAGAAAAUUUUUUGGUCGCUUAAGGUGACGUGUGUUGUGACGCAAGAUGGGAACACAAGUCUGGUGACUUACUGUAACAUGGCGCCGUGACCAUCUACGCACUUCUUCGUAAUAUGGAUUUGAUACAGCUAUAUCCAAUCUAAAUAUAUAUACGUUCAGAAAUAUGACUCACUACGCAAUGUUUCUCUGUUUGUAUUUACUUGCUACAAGAAAUUUAAAAGGUAAGUAAAUUUAAAGUAAAUCUUCUUUGGUGUGAAUUAAGUGCAGUCGCCUUCAGCAUGUAUACACUCUAAAAAAAGCAGUAAAAAUUGGGCACAAUAUAGUGUAUUAAUAUGAAGGAAUUUUCCGUGAUCAUUUUUAUAGUUGUUUUACCUGUAUUUUACAUUUUGCACUGCAUUCAUUUGCAUUUUAGCAUUAACGGAAAUGUCCGUAAAGUAAAGAGGAAAAUGUACUGGUAAUUUUCUGCCAGUACUUUAUCUUUUUUUUACGGGAUUUUUUUUACAGUGUAGUACAGUAUAAUGCAAUUACUCUUAACACUAAAGUAAUCAUUUCCUGAAAUCAAUGUACAAAAUAUGUCCAUUCAACAUGAUACAACACAUACUGCAAGCAUGCAGCUUUGGAGUGAAUGUGCGUUUUGACGUCAUGAUUCCUGUUUUUUGAAACAUGUUUAUUUACUUGCCUAAAUGUGAAUUUCUUUUUAAUUUUCAGGUGUGUUUGGUGUUGAUGCAGAUGAAGUGAAGUCAGUGAUGGAGGGAGAUUCUGUCACUCUACACACUCAUCUCACUCACAUACAGAGAGACGAUUUGAUACAGUGGAAGUUUGCUCCUCAAGGGACUCUUAUAGCUCAAAUCCAUAACCAGCGUGUUAAAUACUUUAGAGACCGACUGAAGCUGGAUUGUCAGACUGGAUCUCUCACCAUCACAAACAUCACAAGCACAGACUCUGGACUUUAUAAACUACAGAUCAGCAGACGCACAGGACCUUCAUACAAGAGAUUCAAUGUUACUGUCUACGCUCUUCUACCUGUUCCUGUCAUCAGCAGAGUCUCAAAUUGUUCUGUGUUGUGUUCAGUGAUGAAUGUGACACAUGUGAGUCUCUCCUGGUACAAAGGAAAGAGUUUAUUGUCCAGCAUCAGUGUGUCUGAUCUCAACAUCAGACUCUCUCUACCUCUGGAGGUGGAAUAUCAGGACACAAACACAUACAGAUGUGUCAUCAACAAUCCCAUCACAAACCACACACAACAUCUACACAUCAAUGAUGUCUGUGAGUCGUGUUCAGAUCUGAGCCGAUCUUUGUACCACGCUGCACUGAUAACAGGCCUGGUUCUGUUGGUCAUGCUGUGAAUGAAAAAUCCAAACAAUGCAAACUUUUUAGCAGCAGAUUUAGUGUGUGCCAUAGUGCUUUAGUGUGUGCUAUAGUGCUUUAGUGUGUGCCAUACUACUUAGUGUGUGCCAUACUGCUUUAGUGUGUGCCAUACUACUUAGUGUGUGCCAUACUGCUUUAGUGUGUGCCAUACUGCUUAGUGUGUGCCAUACUGCUUUAGUGUGUGCCAUACUACUUAGUGUGUGCCAUACUGCUUUAGUGUGUGCUAUAGUGCUUUAGUGUGUGCCAUACUACUUAGUGUGUGCUAUAGUGCUUUACUGUGUGCCAUACUACUUAGUGUGUGCCAUACUGCUUUAGUGUGUGCCAUACUACUUAGUGUGUGCCAUAGUGCUUUAGCUUCUUCACCAUCAUUGUAAAACAAAAGAAAAAAAUAACUUUGCAUUCUUACUUAUUAUUUCACAUACAAAGUUAGUUUUAAAGAAAAUCGGACUGUUUGUAGCAAGAUGUAAAAAAAAGUAGGGAUGGGGAGGGUGUUGGUUUUGGAGGAUGUUCGUCAGUUGACCAAUCUCAGAUCUUCCAUCUUUUUGCACUUCGCACAGACAAUGAAGAGAAUGACAACAAUAUGAUGCAGCAAAUCAACGCUAUAAAAGCUAUUGAUAGUAAAAUAAGCUUCUUAAAACGAUCGUUGCAUUUGCCUUAAACUAGACUUUACACACUACAAACACUGUGUUACGAUCUUUCUAAUAUGGGAAUACGUAAUGGAAAAAUAAAGUGGAUGGUGGUGAAUGAAGUUGCAACAGCAGGGACAAAACAACAUGUUUCCAGACCCCCAAAAAUGUUCAAAUAAAACAAUUUGUUUCAAAAAGACAAAGUCAAAAUAAACAAAAGAGGGGUGUUGUGUUCAGAAGGGGGUAUUGCCAACAUAAACAUAACCAAACAAACUACUUUUAAACCAACUAUACUCAAAAGAAGAGAAAACUAAAUACAGCAAACUAAACCAACUACCAAGAGAAAAGUUUUAAUCCAACAUAAACUGGCACCCACCUCCCUACUAACCCCUAAAAAUAUAUAUCAAUUCUUAAAUUUUAGAAUCUUAAACUUUUAAAGCAUAAUCAAACUUGAAUCUGAAGUCUCAGAGAGACAACAGAAAUUACAUCUGUAAAGAUGACGGAAAUAAUAAAGAUUCGCAGAGUAGUGAUGUUAGCUGUGACACCAAAGCUCCGAUGCGUGUGUCAAAAAAUUGAAGCGAUUUUCAGUGAAGCUUUGUAUCGAUGCUUGAUUCGUUCUCGUGGGUUGCUCUCGUGUGUUGUUGAGGUGUACUGUAUUGCUUUGCAUUGAAUUGUUUGAUUCUAGCCUACUGUAGGAGUUUAUUGUUGCGAGAAUUUGGGACUCAUGGAACCUGUUGCAAAGAGAGGACGUUCUGAGAUGUGGGAACACUUUUAUUUGCGUUCUCCCAAUAAGGUUACUAUUAUAUUUGCCUUUUUAUGUGAAUCAUAAAAUGUAUUGCUUAAAUCACUAUCUUUUGGAAAUUAUACACUGUAUAUGGCUAAUUAUAUAGCUAGACAAAGGUAGACUACCUCAUUAUGAGUGCUGAAAAGAAUUGGAACAUGUCUUCAUUUUUCAUAUAUUGUUUUGGGUAGUAAUGUAAUAAUCUGUGAAAUAGCUAACAUAUGGGCCUUGCUACACUACAGUGAAUUAUUUGUAUUAGAAGAAUGGGCCAAACUGUGUGUCUGAGUUAAUUUAUUUUAUUCAUUAGUUUGCAAACAAGAAAAAUGUCUACACCCACAAUACAAAACGUUAUCUUUAUUGUUUUGACUUAAAAGUAUGCAUUGGAACAGAUUGUUGUCAUGAACUUCAUAUACUGAUUCAUUUAUUUAUUAAUCUCAUUCAUUUUUGCGUUGGUCUGCUGUGAAACAUUUUGCAACACAGCUCAUUCCCUCACUUUCACCAGCAGAGGUCCUAGUCGAGCUCUGAUUUGAAAAGCUUCGAGUAAUGAACCUUUUUCCGAAUCAUUUUUUUUAAAGCUUCGGUGGUUCAAAAAGCUUCACGUCGCCAUCACUAUCACUAUUACUGAGUCACCACCCAACUGGCGUCAUCAGCACCAUCAACAAGACUGGGGAAAGUUGAGCCCUCCACUGUUGCAAACAAUCAAGCCACCAACACUACUCUGAUGAUAGCUGCCGUCAGGGCUGGACUGGGAAGAAAAAUUUGGCCCUCCACUGAAUCUGUCGACGGGGGAUGGUGGUGCAUGCAUGCGUGUCUUUUGCAUUCGCGUUGCGUGCAUUCGAGUCCGUUACGGCCCCAUACGAUAGCGGCAAUCGUGUCUGUUACGGCACCAUACGUUAGCGGCCACAGCCUCCGUUCCGGCCCCAUACGUUAGCGGCCCACCGGGAAAACUCCUGGUACGCCAGAUGGCCAGUCCGCCCCUGGCUGCCGUUUAAAUACUCUCUUUCCCCUCCCAUCAUCCAAUCACAGCUGGGCACUCAUUAUUGGAGUCAGGUGGUUCUGUGGGGAAAGAGUAACAGAGUGAGAGAGACAAAGAGAGAAAAAACCUUACGAACCUGUGGACGUAACAGCUGAUAGUAUGAAAGUACAGCGUGCUUGCUUUAUACCUGGAGAUUUUUAAUUGAAAGUGUUCUCGUCUGUUCUGGCCUCUUUUUCUUGGUUUUUAGUUAACAUUCAGUAUAUGACUUGGAUUUUUAUUCUCGGCUAAAUGUUGAGACUUGUUUUCACGUAUUUAAUUGGUUUUUCUAUUAGAAACUUGCAAUAAACCCAUGUUGAAGCAUAACUUUGAAUAAACAGCUAU